AUGGACUCGAACGAACUUAAGAUGGAAGACUACCCAGCUCACUGGAAAUCUACUCUUCUAGGAGAAGAGUUCUGGAAGGACGCUGAGGAGUUUAACAAGUCCAUUAGUGAUAGUAUUGAUGCAAACCCCAACCCAUCUCUACUCACGAAGUUUCCAUUCAGCAUAGGAACUGAGCAUAUUACCAGCUCACAGUCUGUCGACGGAGCCUCCGAGAAACAACAACAUCGCCGUCGAUUCAGCACUAGCGAUGCUCUGAGCCUGAAUCCAUUCUCAUCUCGUUCUUCAAGCCCAUUCCCACGUCCUCGUGCAUUUGACUUGAGCAGACGUGCUCGUUCUCAUUCUCGCUCUCGCUCCCCUAGCAGUGCAACCAGCACUCGCCGAUCAAGCUCAAUCCUCCGCUCACCAUUCAGCAUGCUGGGCAGCAAAAAGACUGACGAGGGGGUUGAGUCUGCUGCGACUGCUCCCCCUGCAUCUCCUAUCAUUCCUUCCGACCAGGCAACUCUAGCCAAGCCACUGAUGAGCUUUCAGGGCGGUACGACCUGGGAUUAUCUUGCUAAAGACAGACGCACCUUGGGCUUGGAUUUGUUCUGGCCUGUCAACGCUAGCAAGGAAGAAGACAAGUCCAAUAAGGAAAUGCUGAAUAUCGUGGAGCUCGAACCUCUCUCACAGUUCCGCAACUUGCGCGUCCUGAAGAUCACUGGCAUGAUGCAAUCCUACCAAAAGUACAUAUGGCAGGCUGCCUGGUUGAAUACUAGACUUGAAGAACUUGAGAUGGGCAUGGCUCUCCAGCCUCGACUCCGUCGUCCCCACGCUGAAAGGUGGCCCUAUAUCAAAGGAGGUUGGACACUUAACAAGGCACACUAUGAUAAGCCUGUCUACUAUGGAACCGCUCAGAGCGACGGCACCCUCGACCGCAAAGUUGGAUCCGGCGAGUAUCUCGAUAAAAUACUCAUGGAAAAAGCGAAGAUAUGCGCCAUGGCUAUCGGCCGUACUCGGCAGCGUCUCUCCAUCAGAACACUCACCUUGACAGGCUUUGUCGUCGACGGGGACCCCUUCCUUCAUUGGUUUGAUACUAAGCGCUUCAAAUGUAUCAACUUCAAAGACUACUGUGUCGAUGCCGGCUUUUACCUUUCUCUUCCGAUGAAGAAAGUCUCGGUAAUAUACCCCCGCGAGGUGCAGGAAAAGCCGCUGGUCGGCCGCAAGGCUAAUUUGCUGUCUGAGCUCAAGGUUGUUGAGCUGAGAAGUGGGAAGAAAGUGGGAGAGAUUCCCUAUCGUGGUCCUGAGAGCCUGAAACAGGAGAUUCCUCUGGGAGGGAAGAGAAAGAACAACGAACAGAAUGAUAGAGAUGAUAAGGAUGCCCAGGGAAGGAUGAAAGGCGGUUAA